UCAAUGCAGGAGUUUGGGGCUGAAUGCACAAGCAAACAUUUUCACCUAUUUUCUAAAACAUAUUGUCUUCUGCUGGACCACAGUUUAAAUAAAUACGCUUUUCGGAUAACUUGUAAACACAACAUGCAUUAUUAGACCCUCAAAGACCCUUCAGGUGAAUGGAAACUAAACGCUUGCCUAUAUGUUUGUGUGGCGCUGAGUUGCAGCGUUUGCAGGCCGCUCGCCCUCAGCGCUCUUUCCUGAGCGUGAACGCGCUCGCAACGCGCUCUUGUGUCCGUGUCCGCGCGAUACUUCACAAUGCGUGAGACCAACCGAAGCUAACGGCUAAACGUCUCGCUAUCAUCUUCAGCCCAAUGAGUGAUCAUGUCUGGGGUGAAAAGAAAAAUAGAGGAUAACGAUCCUGACUAUGAAGACAUCACACAGGUGCUGCAGAACAAGAGGAGUAAGGUGGUGGAACAAAAUGCACGCGACGCUACAGUGCAGAAGAUUGAAGCCAUCAUUAAGGAUCAGUUUGCUUUGGAGAUGAAGAACAAGGAGCAUGAGAUCGAGGUCAUCGGACAGAGGCUGAAUGAAGCCAGAAGAAUGAUGGACAAGCUGAGAGCCUGCAUUGUCGCUAACUACUAUGCCAAUGCUGGCCAGCCUAAAGUUCCAGAGGCCUCUAAAAGUGAUCCGGCUGUGCUGAACCACCCUGCCAUAAAGCGUUUUCUGGAGUCUCCCUCACGCUCCUCAUCCCCACUGAACCAGAACUCAGAAACACCAUCACAGGUCCAGUCUGAGACAGAGUCCCUCAGCCAACACGGCGAGGCCGGAGAAAGAGAGACAGACAGUGGAAGAGAGGACGGGACUCCACGUGAACGGCGGCCUGGCAGGAAUACAGGAAAGGACACAUUUGGUGUACCAGCAUCUUUAGAGCAGCAUGUGACAUUCCACACAACAGGAGAAGAAGUGUCACGACUCUACGUGAAGAAAACCAUUGUCAUGGGAAACGUCUCAAAAUAUAUUGCUCCUGAUAAGCGUGAAGAAAACGAUCAGUCCACUCACAAAUGGAUGGUGUAUGUCCGAGGUUCCCGUAGGGAGCCCAGUAUUGAUCAUUUUGUGAAGAAGGUCUGGUUCUUCCUGCACCCCAGCUACAAGCCUAAUGACCUUGUGGAAGUCAGUGAACCACCGUUCCACCUCACACGUCGAGGAUGGGGAGAGUUUCCUGUCCGGGUCCAGAUCCACUUUAAAGACCAACGGAACAAGAGAAUUGACAUCAUUCACCACUUAAAGCUGGACAGAACGUACACAGGUUUACAGACGCUGGGUGCUGAAACGGUGGUGGAUGUUGAGCUCCACAGAAGUUCACUGGAUGAUGAUUUCAUCUCUUCUGCCCCCUCAUCUUUAUCAUCAUCUUCCUCUUAUCUAACAUUUCUGGGUGGGGCUGGUUCCUCCUCCACAGCUAGCCAGGGCUCCCGACGUCCCACCUCUCCAUCCCAGCACUCCAAUAAUGAUCAUCCUGGCACAGAAAGAGUUCCAGGCCUCACUGUCAAGAGCGAAUCUGUGCGUACCUCAUGUUCAGAGCGGACCUCAUCCCAGUCCAGCAGGUCCGACAAAAUGAUUCUAGGGUCCCACGGAAACUCAGCGUUUCAGCCGAUCACCGCUAGCUGUAAGAUCAUUCCACAAGGACAGGUGCCCAGCCCGUCCGAAUCACCUGGGAAAACAUUCCAGCCAAUCACGAUGAGCUGCAAGAUUGUAUCAGGAUCUCCCAUCUCCACUCCUAGUCACUCUCCUCUUCCCCGGACAUCCUCCUCAACCCCGGUGCACAUGAAAUCCAGCCCAUCAGUCAUAAAUAACCCCUAUAUCAUCGUUGACAAACCUGGACAAGUCAUUAAUAUGGCUGCAUCUGCAUCUACAGGUAGUCCAUCAGCCAAGCAGAGCAGCACAGCACAUGGUGCUCGAUCCCCUGCCCCUAAAGUUCACACCAGCAGCAUCCUGUCCUCUGGAGUCAAGGUAAUAAUCAAACAAGAACCGGGAGAGGUGCCCACUCAGCCUUCUCCACAGCAACAGGUGGUCUCCACAGCAGCAUCCCAGCCACAACAGCAGUAUGUGACAGUAAAAGGGGGGCAUAUGAUUGCCAUGUCGCCACAGAAACAAAGCGGGACGGGAGCUGGAGGAGGAGCCACGGCCAGCAAGGUACUGGGAAUUCCGCUUGGUUCUGCCGUCAAGCAAGUCUCUGUGAGCAGCGGGCAGAUCUUGGUUGCCAAGUCGAGCACCUCUGUGUCCAAGGUGAUGGGGCAAAAGCAAGUGGUGUCACAGGGUGUUGCCAAGGCGAUCGUCAGCGGCGGAGGAAGCAAUGCAGGUGGCGUCGCGGGACAACAGGUGCACACUGUUACAAAGACAGCGAGCGGGUCUGGAAGCGGCAAGAGUGGAGUUAUGGCAACUCUACAGCUUCCAGCGAAUAACUUGGCAAACCUGGCCAACCUGCCACCUGGCACCAAACUCUACCUGACCACCAACAGCAAGAACCCAUCAGGCAAAGGGAAACUGUUGCUGAUACCACAGGGAGCCAUUCUACGAGCUUCUCACAGCUCAGGUCAACAGUCUCAAAGUUCUGGCCCUGGAGGUUCUCAGUCCUCUAGUGGGUCCUCGGGGUCCAGCAGCCUACCUCCUAACUUAUCCUACACUUCCUACAUCCUUAAGCAGACACCACAGGGCACAUUUUUGGUUGGCCAGCCAGGGGGCUCUGGGAAACAGGGAUCAAGUGGACAUGUGGCGUCCAGUCCUGGCACCAGUACUCAACAAGCUAUUCGCGUCACUGCAGGACAAAAAGCAGCUAUAUUGGCACAGGUGGCGGGCGGGUCCCAGAGUUCUCAGGUGAAGCUGUCAGACGGUUCGGUAAAGAUGGUAUCAGCAGCUGCAGCAUCACACCUCACCAAACCGGGCACAACUACUCUGAGAAUGACAGGUGGAGUCAUCACUGCUGCUAGUUCCACCCCAACAACCCCCAGCGCCACACCCACCUCUCAACAGGCACCAGAAGGAGCUGGCGGGUCCUCCGCCCAACCAAUACCUCAAACAGCUAAAACGCAGCAUCCUGUGCUUGUAGCUGCCAAUCAAGCAGCAGUCAUCAGUGCUGCCAAGAGUGCCAGCUCAGCCGCCAACACAGCAAAGAGUUCUGCCUCUUCCACCGGUGCCAUUGCAAACGUUGCCAAGACGGUCAGCAUGCCUCUUAUCGGUCUGUCGAAGGGAGCAGGCUCAACAGUUGUGGGUGGGUCCAAAAGUUCCAGCCCCUCACUGGUCACCGCGGCAUCGCUGCUGGGGGGAGGAACGGUUAGCGGGAAGACUGCUGCCGCCAUCUCAGGUAUGCUGAAGAUGCACCCCGCUCAGUCUAGUACCCAGCAGACUGUUUUGACCAUUCCAGGCAAUCAGCUGAAGCAGCUCAGUUUGGGCAGCGGCUCGUCGGGGAUGCAGACCAUCUUAAUGCCCGUUGGUAAAGUUGCGCCGUCUGGUUCCAAAUGUGCAUCCAGUAACGCAGCCGCUUCCUCAGCGUCCACACCUGUAGCUCACGUUAAAACUGAACCUGGAUUAGUUAGCCCCAUCUCUACUACCCCAGUACCCCAGACAUCUACCCCAGUCUCUACAGCACCUGCCUCCGUUCCCCUGACAACUAACCCUGCCUCUGCAGAUGGGGCUGCUACUGUUAAAGUGGAACAGGGCACAGAAUCUACGACACGUGAACUUAUCAACACUGAGCACAUAGAGACCAUGACUCAACUACUGACAGCCAUAGUGAAGAAGUUCCCUCUUAUCGUUCCUGAGAAAAAUGAUGAUUCUCAUCCGUUCUGCGCCACCUCUGUGGAUCAGUAUUACUCCUGGAACAUCGGCAAACGCAGAGCUGCAGAGUUGCAGCGUGCCGUUGCGGUACGCCGCGUAUGUGCAGAUCUGUUGGAGAGGACACCUCGCCUUCAGGCUCUCAGCCCCCCCAGAACUAAAGAGGUGGUGCACUGGUGCCGUCUCCGUGGUUACACACCCCCUGACCCGGAACCCCAGCGCGCAGAGGAGAACUCUAUCGAGGACAUUCUCACACAGAUCGACAGUGAGCCUGAGUGCAGUUCAACUCUUGCGGGCUGUGAGGAGUUGUGUCAGCGCCUGAAACAACUCCAGAGACUUCUGAAGGCGGAGCCUGACGAGGAAGACGAUGAGCCUCUUGACAUCAUCAGCGUGAAAGACACUGACGCCGCAAAGGUUAAAAUCAAACAGGAGCAGGAUGAGACUGAGCAGGAACCCAAUUUUUUUCUGGGCCGUUGCCCGUCGACCCAGUUCAUCAGAGACACAGCAGAGCAGAUUGGUGCCACGUUGCAGCAAGUGGAAGUGGAUAAGAACGUUUUUGCUCCUGUCGUGGAGACCAUGAUUCUUAAGGCGGUGGAACAGUUCAGCAGUGAAAUCCUGAGGGAAUCUUUGGCCAACGCUCAUGGGAAAUCCCCACAAAACAGACCUCCGAGGGAGAUAUCAGCUAUGGAUGUGCAUCAAGCCAUCAGUUCUACUCCCACCUGUGAUUUCCUAACUAACAGGUACAUGGGCAUCAUGAUGAAGGAUGAAAGCCACACCGACUAACUUUCAUCAUUGGACCUCAGACAGACAGGUGGAUUGUCCAAACACACAGUGAUUCCCACACAUUGUGUAAGGGUGGAAAAUGUCUUGGGGUGACCAAUCACUGACAGAGAUCUCCUCUAAAAUGCAAAUUUCAUUAUGGGAAAUAGCCAUCAACAAGACAACAGCUGUGUUAUAUAUCACACUUAAUAUUGUGUUAUGAACCCACCGGCAAAGGUCAUGACCCAGGUAAACAUGUCACACAUAUCAGCAAACCAGAUGGGACUGUCAGGUCAUUAUGCAAAAGCACCACAUCACUCCAUUUAUUAUUAUUUGAUUAAUUCUGUGGAAUUUGCUGAGGACUAGUAUUUUAAUACAACCAUCAAUACAAUAACUGAAGUUCAGUUUUAGGGCAUCAGACGUGAGAAUGCACAUACUCAUCAUUUAAUAUUUGAAUAGUCCUGUUCACUUUCAUUAGGCCUUCACUCUCUGCAGGCCAAACUUGGCUGAUCACAUUGACCUUACAGCUGGCACCGUUCUGUGUUUUUUAUUCAUCUUAAUCAGUAGUACGAGCAUUAGAUAUUGGAGCUGAACCAUUGAACUGAACUGUCUUAUCAAGCUGGAUUUGUAAGGGGAGGUGAUUUUCUUUUUUUAGAAUUUGUGCAGCUUGAAUGACAUCCCUAUUCAUUGUCACUUAUACCUGCACGUAAAUAAUCCGCUUAUGUAGUUGUAGGGAUGUUCAGGGUAAAUGUUAAAUAUACGGCAUGUCAGGUCUUAACACUCAUCAAUUUCAUGCGAAGCAAUUCAAAAUAAAGUCUUAAUCUUGUCGUUUUCAUAUAAAUGUGGAUAAUGAUUGUAAAGUUGAGUACAAGAAGAUUAAUGAUUUGAUAAAGUUUGAUUUGUGUGUGUGUGUGUGUGUUUGUAAAAGAUUAAGGGGCAUUGUAAGAAGAGGUGGCAGGUUUCUAAAAUGCUUUGUGUACAAAGUGUCAUUUGUCGUUAAAAAGUUAACCGCUGUUUCUGCUGACCUUGUUUUUUCGAGACAAAGUAUGAAAUUCUUAUGUGUGUUUGUGUAUGAAAGUGAAUGACUGUGUUCAUGUGUUUUAUUAAUUUGCCCUCAGUGUUAUAGUGAGAUGAGCUGCCUAACUAUCUCAUGUUGUAUUGUCCUGCACAUUGUGUAUCAGAAAUCAACUAUUCUUGUAUUAAAAAUCUGCCUUUAAGGCAGAUCUGUUUGUCU